UUAACCAGUUGUUGUUGGUCUCUGCUCUCUCUAAAUGCUAGUGCUUAUAACUGACACUUGUUUGCAGCCUCAUGUAAAAUCGAGAUUCAGAUUUUUUUUCCCUUCAUAAAGACUAUAUAUCAUAGUACUACUGUACUCUUGAGGGAAAUGUUAAAAAGAAAAGAGAAGAGAAUAUAAUAUAAAUUUGUUUCACUGACAAUUGUUCGAAGAAGAAUAGUUGGUUAAGUUUGUGUUUGAAGUUAUCUGUAAAGAAGAAGAGUUGGUCUUUUACUUCAUUUGUAUUUUUCUUCCUUCUCUUCUCUUGGUAUUUCUCCAAAGUAGUUUGAUCUUGAUGGCUUACCAAAUUUGAGCUGAAGUAGUGAGAACUUCCCAAGUUCUGAAGCAAUUGCAGUGUAUCACAAAGCUCAAAGUGUAAUUUUCUUACUUCUUUCAGUGUUCAAAUAUUAGUUUUUGCUGAUGGAAAAGCAUUUAGGACUAAAAAAUCUUUUAGUUUUGGCUUUUAUAUUACUCUCAAUCAGCUUCUCAGAGCAACUACAAUCUUCACAAGUACAGACUCUAUUGAGGAUUCAAAAUCUUCUGAAUUAUCCACCUGCUUUGAGUAGUUGGAACAAUGACACAAAUUUCUGUAAAACUGAGCCAAGUUCAACUGUUACUGUUAUCUGCUAUGAGGAAAAUAUUACUCAGCUUCAUAUAAUAGGGGUAAAAGGGGCUUCUGCAUUACCAAAGUACUUCUCGAUCGAUUCGUUUGUCACUACACUUGUUAAGCUACCUAGCUUGAAAGUUCUAAGAUUAAUUUCUCUUGGUUUAUGGGGGCCAUUGCCUAGUAAACUUUCAAGACUUUCAUUAUUGGAAAUAUUAGACCUAAGUUCAAAUUACUUUCAGGGUGACAUACCCCUAGAAAUUUCAUCGUUAACGAGCCUCCAAACUUUACUAUUAGAUGGUAAUAAGUUCACUGGAAGACUUCCGAAUGGCAUUGGUUCACUAAUGGUUUUGGCAGUUUUGAGUGUGAAGAACAAUUCUUUAGAUGGGCAUUUACCUGAUACACUUCAAGAUUUGCAUAAUCUUCGCGUACUUGCACUUUCGAGGAAUAAUUUUACUGGUGAUGUUCCUGAUGUUAGCAGUCUAGAAAACCUUCAGGUUCUGGAUUUGGCAGAUAACUCUUUUGGACCUAAAUUUCCUCGAGUUAGCAGCAAAAUUCAAAGCAUUGUGUUGAGGAAGAAUAAGUUUACUGCAGGCAUUCCAGAGAAAGUUCAAUCCUACAAUCAUCUUGAACAUAUGGAUAUUUCUUUAAACAGAUUUAUGGGGCCGUUUCCUCCGUCUUUGUUAUCUUUGCCAUCGAUCACUUAUCUUGACGUUGCAGGAAAUAAGUUUACGGGAAUGGUUUUUGAAGAUAAUCAAUGCAAUGCCGGAUUAGAUUUUGUGGAUAUAUCUACUAACCUGUUGAGUGGAAGAUUACCCAGUUGUCUUAUGACCGGUUCUAAGCACAGGAUUGUGCAUUUCUCUAAUAACUGUUUAGCUACUGGAGACAGUAGUCAACAUCCAUUAUCUUUCUGUCGGAAUGAAGCGUUGGCUGUUGGUAUCUUACCUCAUCAUCAGAAGCAAAAACCAUCUCCAAAAGUGGUUCUUGCUUUUAUCGUUUGUGGUAGUAUCACGGGUGGAGUCGUGCUAGUUUGCGCGACUAUUUUGAUUGUCAGGAACUUUCUUGCAAAGGAAGCUGUACGAAAAACCCCAACAAGAUUAAUAGUAGAAAAUGCAUCAUCUGCAUAUACCUUGAAGUUAUUCACAGAUGCAAGAUAUGUUACUCAAGCAAUGAAGCUGGGAUCACUUAGCCUUCCGUCUUAUCGGACCUUUUCGUUGGAAGAGCUUAAGAUAGCAACAAACAACUUUGAUGCAACAACUUUUAUAGGCAGCAAUUCUGACAGCCAGAUGUACAGAGGUCAGCUGAAAGAUGGUUCAUACAUCGCAAUUAGACGCCUGAAAAUGAAGCAAGGCAACAAUAGUCAAAAUGUUAUGCAUCAUAUCGAACUGAUGUCAAAACUUAGACAUCAUCAUCUGGUCAGCACUCUUGGAUACUGCUUUGAGUGUUACUUGGAUGAUUCAAGUAUUAGCAGGAUAUUUCUCGUCUUCGAAUAUGUACCAAGUGGGAACCUAAGGAGAUGGAUCUCUGAUAAACGAAGACUAACUUGGACACAACGUAUAGCAACUGCUAUAGGAGUAGCAAGGGGAGUAGAGUUUCUGCAUACUGGAAUAGUGCCUGGAAUAUUUUCAAAUAACAUAAAGAUAACAGAUAUUGUGUUGGAUCAGAACCUUGUUGCAAAAAUUUGCAGCUAUAAUUUACCUAUUGUGGCUGAGAAUGUAAAGGAAAACUUUCAAAAUUUAUCUAGUAGUUCUAAAGAGCUGAAGAGUGUAAGGGGAAAUUAUGAAGACAAGUCGGAUGUAUUUGACUUUGGAGUAAUACUAUUGGAGAUAAUUAGCGGGAGGCAGAUAAAUACCAAGAAUGAAGCGCGACUCAUACAAAAUCAGUUGCAAGAGAGCAUAAUGGCUAAUGAAGUCUCAAGAAAGAAUGUGGUUGAUCCAGCAAUUAGAAAUUCAUGCUCGGACGAAUCGUUGAAGACAAUGAUUGAGAUAUGCAGUAGGUGUUUAUUACAAGAUACAGAAGACAGGCCCUCAGUGGAGGAUGUAAUUUGGAAUUUGCAGUUUGCUGCUCAAGUUCAGGAUGCAUGGAAAAGGGACUCUUCUAGCAGUGAUGCCUCUCCAAUUUCACACCUCUACAACCUUCAAACCAACUUGUCAUGCAAUAGCAAAAGCUCGCGGAUUUAGUUUAAAUAUGUUUUUUUUUUAACAAUUUCCAACUACAUAUCACCUGCUGCUAAAAGCAUACGUCGGUCCCCGCCAUGGAAAAGUGAAAGGAAUAUAGUUUUGUGUAUAGAUAAAUUUGACAGUACUUAAGUUUUUAUUAGUUACACUCAAUUUUUGAACUAGUUUUGGAGUCACAUUUGCUAUUGAAUUAUCGAAAUGGCUUAAUCCUUU